AUGCGCUUCUGGAAGAUCUUCAAACGGCUUGUCAAAUGCGCCAAAGCACAGCCGCUACCGCCCGUCGUGCUCACGACGAGCCCCAUCGCCCGCCUUCCCGACGAACUCAUCGAAUCCAUCUUUGAGCUCCUGCCAUCUUCGUGGGACUUUCACACAGAGCGGAGCCAUGCACUAGCGCCUUGCCUCCUGGUGUGCAAGCGGUUCUAUCGCCUCGCACGCCCUCUCGUCUGGCGGCAUGUUCAUUUGAGUUUGAAGCGGGACGUGGAAUCGGUAUUCCUGAGCGAGGGACAGGUCAUCAUGCAGUCGACGGUUGCGCUCAGCCUGUACGGGGAAGGGACGACGGCGGAUGCUAUGUCCGAGGAGGACGUUUGCAACGCUUUCGACUGUUUCCCUCGCUCCGAGGAAGUCACGCUCGGCGGCCAGUGCCUUCAGAUUCCGUGGGAUAGGAUCACACACAAUCCUUACCUCACCUCGCUCACCUUCAACGGCAUUCUUUCUAGGCACGGAUGGCCUGCCCCACACCUCGAGCGGCUGGUCAAGCUCGAGUUCAUAGACUGCGCCCCGCCAAAGAUUCGCUUCCUCACCCCGAGCAACUUUCCGAGUCUGCGCGCGCUUUGCUUCGACCUCCCGCCGUACAAUCGCAAGUAUUACGCCCAACUCGACGGCGGUCUCCUCGACCAACUGGAAAUAUUACAAAUACCACUCUUCGAGAUCCUCGGCAUCGUUCCUGUCCCGGAGAUCCUCCAUCGAGCGCCGACUCUACUGCACCGCUCGGCUCAGUGCGUGGAGGUCUACUGCACGCCCGCACUCGACAGCUUGCGGAUCUGGCCCAAUCUUCAGUUCAUCGAGCAUCUCUGCGUUGCCUCACCGCAAAAGCCCCAUAUCAGCCUACACAUGUACCCUGUGCUCAAGACGCUUUCUUUGCAGACGGACGUACCCGAUUGCGAGCUCGCGGAGCUCAUCGAUACAUGUCGGGAUAUGGGUAUCACGGUUGUCUCAGUGGAUCGCUGGAACAAGCGCGGCAUCAACAGCGACUUCUGGGUGUACGCGAAGAGGCAGAGGGACAAGCUUGAGCAGGCGUAG